CCCCAUUUCUUCCAAUUCAAACCAUUUCUCUACACGAAGCAGAAGAAAUGUCUAGAAGAUUCGGAAAGAGAAAGGAAGAGAAUGAAUACGCUUCUGAAGGCGACAAUCCUCCUAAGAAAGCUUCCAGAACCGAUGAUUCUGACGAUGAAGAUGCUAUCGUCGUUUGUGAGAUUUCUAAGAAUCGAAGAGUAACAGUUAGGAACUUUGGAGGAAGGGUAAUGGUGGAUAUUCGAGAGUUUUAUGUGAAAGAUGGCAAGCAAAUGCCCGGCAGAAAAGGCAUCUCAUUGAGCAUGGAUCAGUGGAAUGUAUUGAGAGAGCAUGCAGAUGAAAUUGACGAGGCUGUUGCCGAGAACAGCUAAAUGUUGUAUGUGGCUAUCAUGUAGUUGGGUGUAUAAUGGAAUCAAAACCAGUAGAUGUUUUUCCUUGGAACUGUUGUAGAUUAGAUUAUGGAUAAAGCAAACAUGUUGUAGUACAGUUUGGAUGUCCAAUUUAUCCAUGUUCUUUUCCCGA